AAAACAAAUCAGCUGAAGUUUUAGUAUUAAUGAGAGACCACUGAGAUAGAUAACUAAAAGGCUUGGGACAAUGACAGGGUUUGGUUCUUCCUGUGGAGCAUGCAAGUUCUUGAGGAGAAAGUGCGUGAGCGACUGCGUGUUUGCUCCAUACUUCUCUUAUGACCAGGCCGCAGAACAUUUUGCAGCAGUGCACAAGGUGUUUGGUGCAAGCAAUGUCUCCAAACUAUUGCUACACCUUCCUGAGCAAAAUAGAAGUGAGGCUGCUAUGACCAUUUCCUAUGAAGCACUGGCACGGAUACAGGAUCCUAUAUAUGGUUGUGUAGCACAUAUCUUUGCGCUCCAGCAACAGGUGGCCAGCCUACAAAAGGAGAUAGAAAUUCUCAGCAGCCGAAUGGCAAAUUCUGCACUUAAUAUUGGAUAUAAUAACCCAAAUAAUGGGUUACAAUUUCAUAUGCAGCAGGAUGCCACAAGCAUACAGGAUUAUAUACAUCAACAGGCUUUACUACUUCCCGAAACAGCAAAUGCAAAUACCGGUUGGAUUGUCAAUAGCCAAACAGAUCUACAGAUUCCUCCUGAAUUUGGAUGGGAGAACCAAACCCCUAUUUGGGAUUGCGACUCAGACCCUCCGGAGGGAGUCACAGGAGGAAUGGAACAAGAGAUCUUUGCACAUUAUUCAUGGUUGGACAACAGCAGCAUCAUUUAAAACCUGCAGCCUGGGGUUUAUAUUUGCUUGUGGUGUUGGCAAGACUUGCGUUAUACGGAAAGAAGGAUUUUCUCCAGAUGGGAACCAGUUUUGCACUAGCCCAAGUUUUGCAACUCCUGUUUAUGUACAUAAGCAUGGUUCCCAAGGUAUUGGUGUAUGUUUUAGUUUGAACUUCUAAGCAAGCAACAUGUUCUCUUUUCUAAAAAUUCCAUCUAACCUUUGUAGCGGAUCAUAGAAAAAAUAUGGAUAAAAAGGUCAACUGCAUAGCAGACCAUUUUUAAUUCAGUACA